GGCACUCUCUCAACCUCUCCUCUGCUUUCGCUUUGCUAGCAGAUGAUUGACGCGAGUGGAGCGAGACGCAAUAAAGGUAUCUCUGGGACAACUUGACAUCACUUGACAAGGAGAUGUCCUGUCAAUGCAAUGCUGACAUAACGCCUGGACAUGGAAGAGAGUUUGGUAAUGCCGAAAAGAGCCACAACAGCAUAUACAUGGAUUACAAUGCAACAACGCCAGUGGCGCCCGAAGUGAUCCGGGCCACCUACGAUGCCAUGCGGGACGCCUGGGGAAACCCGAGUAGCAGCUAUGUUGCAGGCUUGACCGCGAAGGCCAUCAUUACUCAGUCCAGGGAGAACGUGGCAAGAAUGAUCGGAGGCAACUCAGAGGACAUCAUUUUCACCUCGGGUGGAACCGAGUCCAACAACAUGGUGCUCCACACCGCCGUCGAGCAUUUCUGGAAGAGCCAACGUGACGCCAGAAAAGGAGACGACGGAAGCCAGCCGCACAUCAUCGCUUCCGAUGUGGAGCACGACUCGGUUAAACUGGUGGCCGAGCAUCUGAAGAGGGAAGGCAAAGUGGAUUUUACCUGUGUGCCGGUUUCCAAGACAACGGGCCGCGUGGAGGCAGAUGACGUGGUCGCCGCCGUGCGCCCUAACACCUGCCUGGUGUCUAUCAUGCUAGCCAACAAUGAGACGGGCAUCAUCAUGCCCAUCCGCGAGAUCUCGCAGCGUGUCCGCUCACUGAGGCAACAGGAUGGAUGCGCGCGUGUCCUCAUCCACACGGACGCCGCUCAAGCCUUGGGUAAGAUCCCAGUGGACGUCAAGGAGCUGGGUGUGGAUUACCUCACCAUCGUGGGUCAUAAGUUUUACGGGCCUCGCAUCGGUGCGCUUUAUGUGAAUGGCCUUGGGGUGAAAACACCACUCUAUUCCAUGUUAUUUGGCGGCGGGCAGGAGAGGAACUUUCGACCUGGCACAGAAAACACACCAAUGAUUGCUGGACUGGGAAAGGCUGCUGAACUGGUGACAGAUCGCCUGUCUGACUACGAGAGUCACAUGCUGGAUGUAAGAGAAUACCUGGAGGAACGCCUCAAGGCCGUCUUUAAAGACAAGCUGCACUUCAACAACCAUUUCCAGGGUUCUGAUCGCUUGCCCAACACUUGUAAUGUGUCCAUCCUGGGUCCAGGCUUACAAGGCUGGCGAGUUUUGUCCCAUUGCAAGAAGCUGCUGGCCAGCGUGGGCGCCGCCUGCCACUCAGACCACGGAGACAGGCCUUCCCCCAUCCUCCUGAGCUGCGGCGUGACCCCCGAAGUGGCGUCCAACGCCCUACGGCUGAGCGUGGGCCACAGGACCAGCAGAGAGGACGUGGACGUCGCCGUGAAAGACCUCCAAGAGGCCGUCAAGCUACUGGAGCAGAGCCAAUAAAAAGCCCCUUGAUCACACAGGCAGGCCUGGUACACUUUUACAACAUAUUUGAUCAUUUUAUGCAAAUGAUGCACAAUGGCUCUUUUUUUUUUUUUAAACCAUUUUAAUUGGCCUUUGCACCAAAUUUGUACCCGUCAGCAUCCAUUCAUUCAUCUCGUAUACUGCUUUGCCCUGAGGAAUUAUGAAUACUAAUGCGUCAGUUCAAAAGCAACAAAAUUAUAUCAUGUAAACUGACUCAGUAAACAAGUCAUUCAAUAAUACUGUACAACAAAUAAAUCUUGUACUGGUACUGUA